AGUGACGCUGACAGAGGUGGAAGCAGCAUGGAGUGCGUUUGGUAAAGUUUUGGAUACACAUGGAUUGCAAAUAAGCGCUCGGUUUAAUUUUGAGCUCAUAUCAAGCCAGAUCAAAAUACACACAAUUUAAGUCAUACUAGAUGAAAAAGAUCGGAUCAUCAUAUCACAAUUCAGUGACGCUGAUUUUGUUUAAAGUUACUAAGUCUGAGCAAAUCGAUGCAUUAUUUAGUUACAAUACUUAACUAGCAAAAAACGGUGUACUCCAGAGACAGGUCAGUCAAAUAUUGUAGGAGGUUGUGCAUUUCCUUUAGAGUCGCUUUUUUAAGAUACCGUAGCCUGUGCGUUGUUUAUUUUCUGAUACAAACCUUCUCCGUCAAGGCUGCUUGUGCGGUAGUGGAAACAGUAGAAUAAAUCAUGUCUCAAGUGGCGGGUACGGCGCCUGACAGCACCCCCGUGGAAGGAACAAAACACAACAACCAGAAAACGAAAAAUAAUAAGAAAAAGCAGUUCAGGACAGCUGCAGAGAAAGGAGCAACCAGGAAUGUUGCUGUGCUUCCACCAAAGGCUUCUCAGCAGUUUUCAGCUAACUGGAAGGUGCUGCAAGAGUUGUUGAACCAGAACAAGGCGACCACGACUACAGCCCAGGAAAAUGGAACCACUGCUUUGAAACACAAUUCCAAGAAGAAAGAAAAAAAACUGCAGAUUCAAUCUCAAGGAAUCCCAACGAAAGAUCAAGUUGUGAAGGUCACAAAGGUGCAUGCCAGCAAGCAAACCAAAGGAGACUCCGUACAGCCCCGCACCUCCGCUGAGAAGAGUGGUGGAAAGACUGGGGAGCAGAAAAAGGGCAGAGUCAACAAGAAGAGGACACAUGGACAAAUAACUGCAGAGGGAAACAAUCUGAAAAAUAAAAAGAGGAAGACCAAAGAGGUUGUGGAACACAAACCAACUGAGGCGGAUAUCUGGUUUGAUGAUGUGGAUCCGGAUGACAUCGAGGCAGCAGUCGGAACUGAAGCUGCAGAUAUUGCCAGGAAGAGGGUGGGGGUGAAACAAAGCAAGUCACAGGAGCUGGAGAAAUCACUGGUGAAGGACCAUGGGUUUGAAGGUCUGACCAAAGCUGUAGCCAUGGACUGUGAAAUGGUGGGGGUUGGGCAGAGUGGUGAAGACAGCAUUGUGGCUCGAGUCUCCAUUGUAAAUCAUUUUGGAAAAUGUAUUUAUGAUAAAUACGUUAAGCCUACAGAGAAAGUAACUGAUUACAGAACUGCUGUCAGUGGCAUCAGACCACAAGACUUCAAAAAAGGAAUAAAUUUCAAGGUAGUUCAGAGAGAGGUGGCUGAUAUCAUACAAGGAAGGAUUUUGGUUGGCCAUGCCGUACAUAAUGAUCUUAAGAUUUUGUUUCUGGAUCACCCCAAAAGAAAAAUUAGGGACACACAAAAAUAUAAACCAUUCAAAGCAAUAGUACAGUGUGGACGCCCAUCACUUAAACUUCUCUCUAAGAAGAUUCUGAAUGUUAAAGUCCAGGAAGGUGAACACAGUUCUGUUCAAGAUGCCCAAGCCACAAUGAAGUUGUACACUUCAGUGAAAAAACGUUGGGAAGCAGAGCUAAAAGCCAGACAUAAAGUGAAUAAUGUGGCAGAAAAGGAGGGCAAAAAGGGCAAAGGGAAACGGCCUACCGACCACUAAUAAAUACAUUUACAACUGUUGCUGCAAACCCACGUUCCCAAUGGAAGGGAACUGUCUUGAGCUGAAGAAAUCGCAUGGUCUUCAUGUACUUCUGGUUAUGUGCUUGUAGAACAGACAAUUGCCAGCAAGAACACAGCGCAAGCCAUAUAUUCUGUAACAGAUAUUUUCACACAAACUGUAGAAUAUUGGUUUAUUUUACUCCCCCUUAUGUUGUCUGUUGAGCUAAAAGCUCUGGGAAAUCGUUAAAUAUGGUUUAACUGAACUGAGACCAAUGGAAUGUGUUGUGUUUAAAACAUGGUUCACCAUAGCCACUGUAUGGACAGCAUACUGCUUCUUCAUAAAAAGUUUAACCCUACCAUUAAAAAAAAAAAAAACUGAAACAAAUGUUAUUUAUGUAAGGAGGAGAGUGAUCAAAUGGUUUGCUUUUUAUUCACUGCUUGAUAGACCAAAAAGAGAGCUUUGUUAAAAUUGUUUUAAAAUAGUUUACCAUGCAUCGUUAACAGAGAGUGAAUUCCCACAUCCUCAUCCAGGUCCCUUGUUUAUUAUUGCUCAUAAUAUUCUGGAGUAUUCUCGUUUGUGCUGUCCCGUGGAAUGUUAUGGUAUACAAGAGACAAACGGAUUCCAAACAUCCCCAUGAAAUUCUUAACUAAGAACAUUUCUUUUUUAGAAAGACCAGGGGAUAAGAUAAGCUGGAGCAUGGGUCUUAUGUCUCUGAAAAGUACCCCAGCAACAUCAUUUCAUAUUCUUUUUUACAGAUGCCAAUUCUGUCAGUUUUGCAUUUUUGAAAGAGCAGAUUUAGCCAUCACAACAAUUUCCUGGAAGAAAAAAAAACAAUAAAGUCCUUAUUUUCAUGCAUUUUGAAUGAGUAAAAUGGUCUUUAUCAGCAUUGUAUUGUUCUUUGAGACUCCUACACUUUUCUCUGUACGGGAAGAACACAUA